CACAACACGCUUAUACGGAUGUUCCUGUCUGUUGACGGCAGAAACCUCUCGAUCCAUGUAGCAAAGAAGGACUCGUUUAUCAGCACUCUGCAGCGUAUUUGCACGAAGGAGCAGGCGAACUAUGUUCUUGCUUCAUUGCUGCUGCUGAGCGAAGGCGUGGCAGUCCCCAUUAAUGCAACGCAAACCAAAGUCACACUGUGGAAAACCAUAAAUGCGGAGAGCCAGUACAAGAAAGCAGUCAGAAAAGACAAAAAAACGUCUAUUAGCGAGUAUAUGUUCUUUGAAGCAGACGCCAAACUGCAUAUGUCAGUUCCGCAGAAAGACUUUGCAAAGGUCGUGGACUUUUUCAAGAAGUACAACAAGCCAAAAGAACUUCCGGACACAUCUGAGGACUUUAUCACAGGCAAGUUUCUAAACACUCCGCAGUUUCUUAUACAGGCGUACGUGUUUGAGUACAUAGAAAGCCAGGAAGAUGCAGUGCAGUUUCUGGAGUGUGUCCACACCCUCCUAGAGUCCUUGGGAUGUGUAAAAGAACUUUCUGCAGGGAAGAAAGACGUAUACAACCAGUGCUUCUGUGCAACUGAAGAGAAGGAGAAAGCAGAAGAGUAUUUGCAGCCGUUUUCGGAUGUUUAUAGAAUGCAGAAGAAGUUUGAUUGGUUCCCGUUUUACACCAAAAGCAUGCUGCCUCGCCAUAUGCCCGUGCGGUCGUACAACAAAGGUCAAGAUGAGUUUACAAAUGACAUUUUCUCCAACUGUGUGGAAGCAGGCCUGUACGCGCUGUUCUGCUGUCUGGCAUACGAUGCAAAAGAUAAGAAGUACGACGUAUUACGGAUGCUGGGCAACAGGCAAGACCGGCCUGAGACAAAGCCACUGAGAGACUUCUUCGGGUUGAAAGACGUUGCUCCAAACAACUAUGCGACUGUAGAGAUGUUUGAAGAGUGGAACAAGGUGAUGUCUGGCCUAAAUUGCGACCAAAUAACCUACAAGAGCGAGCACAAGAACCAAAUUCGGUCUUGUUUUCUGAACGUUCUGUACGUGAUUGCCGAAGUAACAGGCCGACUGGACACUGAGCAGGAAAAAAUAGACGGGUUUGUGCAAAGACUAAACAGCGAAGAAGACCCAGAGAAAAACAUAUACAGUGAAAUGAAAAAAUACUUUGCCAAUCUUUUGAAAGAGCUCUCUGUAAAUAAGAAUAUGGAGGUGUCUGUUUCGGAAAUGGCCCAAUGCGUUCAAAUGGACGUGGGGGAUAGCAUAUCUGCAUCUAUCUGCUUGACUUACAAGCACCAAAAAACUGGACUGACCCAGGGCUUGGUAGCAUCCAUUAUGCCAGGGCAUGUAAACCUAAGCUUGCUGGAAAACUCUAUUAGACUGCCUCGACAGCAGAUUCUGGAGGCUUUCAACGCAGAGAAAUACAAAGACAAAGUGGGGUUUGCAAGCUGCUUGUUUUUUGAGUGCAUUGAGAAUUUGUUGCUCAAGCACACGAAUGCGGGUAAGAGCGACUCAAUAAGAAAGAUCGGCUUUGUUGCAAAAAGCCUUGUAUUGAGCGAAUCCCUCGAGAAGGCAACCCAGCUGUUCAUGGGCAACUGCAUCUCAAUGGCUUGGAAAAAAAUCAUCUUUAUACACUCGUUCUUCAUGCACACAAAAGGCAAUGCGCUGGAUAUAGGCCCAACUCACCCUGGACUGCGCCUGGCCUUAAACAUUCUAGGAAAUGUUCUGUUAGAAGAGGAGCCAAGUGCAAUGGAUAUGUUUUUAAGAGUCCCUGUGCAGCUGAACCAAAUAAGCAGUCUGGCCCCAAGAAUCACACUCGAAAAUGGGAUAAUCAGCAAGCUCUUUAAAAUGCCAGAAGUCAUCGCGUUCUUACACCUGUACGCCCCAUCGGGAAGCAAAAACGAUCUCAACGCUAUUAUGACAUACUUCCGAGAGUACAAAGAGAAAGCCAAAGAGCCUCUUUACAAAUGCGAUGUUCUGCUCUUGCACAAGUUCAUAGCUAACAUUGCUGCGACUGUAUUUUCAGGUGACGUCAUUGCGAUAGCAAAUGAGAUUGACACAAUUCUUUUAGAUGUGAGUAUGAAAGAAAAGAAAGAAGCAGAAAGAGCCAGAAAUUUAGUAGCUAUUUUCUGGUUCACUUAUGCAAUGCAAUGUUCAUGUAUCUCAGACCUUAUUAGCGAACUUUGCGAUAGAAUCAGCCCAGAAAUAGACACAUCGAAAGAGUAUGUCAAAUAUGCAAGAUGCAUGUACUUGCCCCAUGAAAGAAGGCCAACCGUAGAGCAUCUGAGAGCCUACGCAAGAACACAUAAAGAGAGAAAAGACAUCCAAAAAAUCUGGAAAAUGCACAAACUGCUUAGCACCGUCUUGAAAGUUUACGGGGAGUCUAAGGUCUAA